CACGCGCAGUGUCGACGACUCUCUGUGCGGUACAUGCCAGCCGGAUGAAAGAUACCAAACUGUAGGAACAAUCAGCGGAAUGCAUAUUCAGUGGGGUCAUUAGUUGCCCUAACCCCUGGUCUCUACGUGAUUAUGCAUUAAACAAACUGGAACGACACCAUCGCGAUCGUGUACUACCAAUGUCCACCGUCCCAAGCAAGUUCGGUACGGCGUGUUUUCAGCAGGUUACUAACACCUGAUCAACUUGGUAAAAGUCUGGAUUUUACGGAUGGUAUUCCUAGAGCCAGUUUGUGUGAAUGGUUUCGUGUGACUUUUCCACACAACUGAGAUAUACCUCUGUCUUCAUGUUGUGCCCUUCACAAUGAACUGAAACGUGCGGUAUAAGAUCGCAUCUCUCACUCAGUACACUUUCAGUGUGUGUACGCCACGAAGGAAAAGUCAUCGUCAUCACGUACCGUGGAUUCUACGAGGGCAACGGGGUCAUCGGCGACAAACUACCCGGCUGAGCUGAUCGAAUUACAAGAUCUUGAAAAUGGCCGAAACAGAGACUGCAGCUACACCGGACACAACUCAGGAGAUUGCGGAUCCAACUAAGAACAAAGUAGAGGAGACGAACAAUAACUCAGAAGAGAUGCCCCAAGCAGCUGAGAAACCCGCGGAAGAUGAGCCUGCAGCAUCUGAGGAGGAGAAGCCUAAGGAGGAGAAAUCGGGUGAGGAGGACUCUCCUCCUAGCCAAGAAGCAGAGGCGUCAGAACCCGCAUCCGAGCAAAACAUACCACAGACUGAUGGUGGUGGAGAGGAGGCAACACCAGGAGAGACAGAUGCCAAGGAGGCUGAUGAUUCACCGGAUGCUGCUUCUGAGGAAGCAGCAGCUAAGCAGGAGGAACCAAAACAAGAUGAGGAGUCGGCCCGGGAGGAUGCAGCAAAGGAUGAGGCAAAAGAAGAAGAGGCGGUAAAGGGGGAGGAUGCAGAGACCAAACAAGAGGACAUAGGUGUUGAAGAAAUGCCAAAAGAGGAAAAGGAAUUGGGGGAAUCUGAGCCAGAGAAGGUGAUGGAGGAAGGAGGCACUGGAAAGAGUAGCGAGCUUGUUGAAGCUGACGCAGCACCUGGUGGGGAAAACAGAGUAGAUGACGAGGCACCAGCAGAAGAUGCUAAGGCACCAGCGGAAGAUGCUGAGGCACCUGUGGAAGAUGCUAAGGUACCUGAAGUAGUCGCCGAGGCACCUGAAAUAGAUGCCGAGGCAGAUCAGAAGCCAGAUGAGAGCACCUCUGAGAAAGUGCCGGAGGCCGAGGCUGCUGACAUGCAUGAGCAGCCAACAGACAAUGCAAAUUCAAAUAACGAUGACAAACAAGAAGACAGGGCGACCCCUAUUGGUGAGUCCAAUGAAGAGAACAAGCAGCAAACCAGUGGUGAGACAGAGGAGGCAACUCCAGUCCUCCAGCAGGAUGCGAUGCCAGAGGAAGGGGAGCAGACCAUAUCAGAAGCCCCGCCCACCAAUGAGAAACCUUCCUCACCUGCACCCCAAGAGCAGGAACCCAACCAAGAAACACCUGAAGAGGCACAGGUUUCUGCAACAACAGAACCUGAUAAAGAGGAGCUCACUGACUACGAGUUGAAGUACAGAGCUUCCCAGAAGGAUAUAGAGGACUUGAGAUCUAUGAAUGUAGAGAUUCAGCAGAGGUUGACUAAAUCAGAGGAGGAGGCAAAAGAUAGGAAGCGGAGAGGGAGCGAGAAGGACGGCAUGAAGGUCCAAGCAGACUACAUGGCACGCGAGCUGUCUCAGCAACAGGACACCGAGAAGUUCCUCCGAGAGAAGCUGGCUGAGGUCUUGGAGGAGAAGGAGGAGAGUGAACGCAAGUGCAAGGACCUGCAGCUGAGGCUCAAGCGAUUUGCCAAGGACGACCAGGCCAAAGAUGAAAGGAUGACCAAGAUGGAAUCCGAGCUCCGCGAGAUCUCGCGAGAAGUGCAGGUGAUGGAGGAUCACUUAGACCAGGAAACGCUGAGAAAGAUCAAGGCUGGAAAGGGCGGCCAAUCCACCAAUGGAGAGGCCACAACUACUCGGACGCAAGCCAAGCAAACGACACCAGUCCCAAAGUCAAAAACCUGCACCAUUCUUUGAACGAAUUAAACACUAAAGUCUUUCACAAUGAUUGGCGAUAUGACUUUUUUUAAAUCUUACUAAUAAUUACAGCAAGGUGUUACAUUAAACUGCCCUUGUUCUCAGUGAAUGAGUUGUACGCGAUGUUUUCUUUGGAAGCGAAAGAACUUCAGGCAGGACACGCUAGUAGUCACUUUGACCGAAAAAGGGGUUAAAGCUACUUUCAUUGUGAUUGAACUCGGAGCAGCAGUGAUGUUGACACCAGUCACAGUGUGCUUUAGUGAGGAAAUAACUCAAAAUGUGAGAACAUUACGUUUUAUCAUAAGGACUGGAAAGAGUUGUCUUUCUUCUUGUCAGGAUAACGUCUUGUGUCAAAAGUUACGUACAGCGUUACGUGUUAGCGUUUAAUACGUAGUUCCGUUUUUGAUUUUGCGUACGUAAUGGGUUGAAAUUUUGUUCAACUUUUUUGGUUGCUUUUGUUUGGAUGUGUUCCGUUUGCUUUUAAGUAUGGUGAUCGAUUUCGGUCAUUCCUUCAAAGUUCAAUUCGACAUGUUUGUUUUCAUUUAAGAUAAAUACGGUACGUACGUACGUGUAAGUGUUUAUAUUUCUGAAACCAUAUUCCAUUGUCUCAAAUAAUUUUGACCAUGACUUGAGGGAAUCGAUUAUUUGGCAUCCGUUAAUGGUGUACAUCAUGUAUCUGCAUGCUUGUAAGGUAUUGUCUGUGAAGUACCGGUUUAAAAAGAUGAGUUGUUUUUUUCUUCUGAGGAAUUUAAGAUCAAUGUUAGUGUUUUGAAUACUUUGUGUUUAGUUUUAUCCCAAUGCCGGUCUCAUACACUUCGCAAGGGAACAGACUUGCGGAAGCGGGGCCGCGGAACCAAUCCACAAUAAUGCAGACGAUUUGUACACGUCUCGAGUUGUCACCGAGUUGUAUUAUUUUGCGGACACAGGAUUCAGACCAUAACUUAUUAGAUUGAAAAAAAUGUAAAAUACUUUAACUUUGAAAUACAGGGUAUACAAUGUAUCAGUUAUAUAGACCAAGUGGGCUUUCUUGGGAAUUGUUGGUUGCAUGGAGUGUAAACUCGCGGGGUAUUCACAUGCUGUUUUUCCAUAUCGUUAUUGGUAAAUCGUACUGCAUCAUUCGGGUAUUAAAUGCUUAUCUGCUCGAGGUAUUUGUGACAAAAUC